GCUUUCUGAUUUUUGUCGUACAAGCGUGCUAAAGCUUUAAGCUACUAUUCCAAAUGUGCAUACUUAUACGUACAUGUAUUUCAAUGGUGUUUGUUCAGCAAUUCAUAAUAUUUACCUAAACAAUCAUUCACUAUUUUAGUACAGCUUUUUUAUGUCUUGUCUAUUUGCCUGAGCCGAGACGAGUUCACAAAUUAGUUGCUUGCUAGUAACACUGCUAGAUCUUGAUGUUCAACUGUGAUAGAAUUCUCGACAAACUUUUGUAUAAUUUUUUCACUUUUUAUAGCAUACGAUUAUACUACUGAAAAGUAAAAUGUUUGAAAAUAUACACUCUGUCAAGAAAGAAAAUUUUUCAAUCAUCAUCCAAAUUUAUUUUAUCGCCUUCAAAGUAACAUCAAUUUGAAGCGAUACACAUAUGCCAACGUUUCUCCCAACCUUCAAAACAUUUUGUUAUAGGCACUUUCCGGGAAGGCCUUCAACUCUUGCGUCGAAUUUGUUUUAAUGUCUUCAAUUGAGUCGAAGUGUGUUACCCGAAGUGGAAAUUUCAGUGUGAAAAAAGGUAAAAGUUACAUGGAGCUAAAUCAGAUUCGGUACUUGUUCAAUGAUAUUUGUUGAGUGUUUGGCCAAAAUUUAACACAAAUACGUUAAAAUUUUGUGUAAAAUUCGACAAACACUACUGAAGUCGAAUGACAUAAGCAGCUGCUGUAAACACACUGGUUGACAGAUCGCGCUAAUUUUUUGGCAUCAUAAUUAAGGACAGUUAUACCCACCAAGAAAAGAAAAUUGACCUGUCUUUCAUAUAAGCGGGAGAUGAAAGGGGGAAAUAAAGAAUUCCCGAUAUUUUCUUGACAGAAUGUAUUCUCAAAUAAUGUUGCGUUUUUCUAGUAAAAUGAUUUCCUAGUUUGCGUAUAUAAUAUUACCAUUAUUUUUAAAACUUAAAUAUAUUUAAUGUAUUUGCAUUCUUACAAAACUUAAGCUGUCUCCCAAAGACGAAUGUUCAUGCUGAAAAGUUUGCCAGGAAUUUUUAAAAUUUAAACUUUCUUUCUUCUUCACUUAACUGAAGCUCAUGCACUUCUCCUUUGGACCACAAUAAGGAGAAAUUGGCAACUGAAAGAUUAAACCAAAAAAUUGGUCACACAGUUUCAACAAAGUUUCACCAAGCCAAAUUCUGUUUAUUUCGAUAAAAAAAAAAAUAAGCUGUGAAAUAAAAAAAAAUCUGUAUUACCACACUUGAAUGAUGCUUUCCUUAAGUCAAAUUGGCUGCUGGCAAAUUUAAAAAAGUGAAGCACAAACAAUUGUAUAUUCAUAUAAAAGUGCAUGCCAAAACCCAAGGUGUGCGCUGCUACUGUGCCCUUUACGAUCGCAACGCCGGACAACAUAAAACAAUAAGUGAUAGCAGUUGGCCGAUAUUUUUGGCAGCACACCAAAAGCACCUCUUGACGCCGUGUCGAUUGUUGUCAUAUCGCUUAGCUUUUACAUACUUUUUCUUGAUUACUCUUUCAAUGGUUUUACGAGUGUUGGUUUUUUCCACUUUGUUUCAUAUUUGUUUUAAUUUCAUUUUCAUUUUUUUUCCAAAUAUUAACGCUCUGAUCGACUUUCUUGGUUGCGGUGAAACGCAUUCAAAAAAUUUAACGCGACGCGAAUACACGUCCGGCGGGCAUUACUAAAUGACAACGAUGACAAUAAAAUUAUAUUCGCUGAGAAUUGUUAAACAGAACGCUUCAGUCCUCUAUUAAUUUUGUAACCGCGAGUGUAUGCCGUAAUUUCUCUUUCUAUUUCAUUGAUUGAAUGAAAAUUAGUAUCGAAUGAAUGAAAAGAAGUGUUAACGUGGUGUUGAGCAAUAAAGAAAUAUUAAUUUGUGAAUAAAGUAGUCCGUGUUAAAUCCCAUUCGCCUUGCCUUGCAUAAUAAAUGCGUGCGUUCCAAAGAUUUUCUAGUAUUUCGCUGCUACUUUGUCUUCUUAUAGUAUGUCAAAUAGUUCAUUACAGUCGUGGUCAGUUCAUCGACGAUUUAGAAACCGAUCCAGAUGAUGAAGAGGAUGAAAGUGUCGAGGAUGAGACGCCGGAAGAGAAAGCAGCACGUAAAAACAUACAGCAGGAUUCCAAUCUACCUGUGGAUAAAUUAAUUGCCAAAUAUGGUUAUCCGGCGGAAGUUCAUUAUGUCACCACUGAAGAUGGAUAUAUACUAACUAUGCACCGCAUCCGCCGACAAGGCGCUCAACCAUUCCUCUUACAACACGGACUUGUUGAUAGCUCAGCUGGUUAUGUUAUAAUGGGGCCGAAUAUCAGUUUAGCUUACCUUCUUGCAGAUUAUAAAUACGAUGUAUGGCUCGGAAACGCCCGUGGUAAUCGCUACUCUCGAAAUCAUACAAAGCUUGAUCCAGAUGGUAAAAAAUUCUGGGACUUCAGUUGGCAUGAGAUUGGCAUAUACGAUCUGCCCGCAAUGAUCGAUUAUGUAUUAAAAUCUACUGGAUUCAAAAGAAUACAAUAUGCGGGUCACUCUCAAGGUUGCACUGCGUUCUUCGUAAUGUGUUCGCGACGCCCAGAGUAUAAUAAAAAAGUGAUCAUGAUGCAAGCAAUGGCACCUGCGGUGUAUGCCUCGGAGACAGAGGAGCACCCAUAUAUCCGUGCCAUUAAUUUAUAUUUCCGCAGUUUGGUUGGUAGCUCAGUUACGGAAAUGUUUAAUGGAGAGUUUCGAUUUCUCUGCCGCAUGACUGAGGAAACAGAGCGACUGUGCAUUGAGGCGGUAUUUGGAAUAGUGGGACGAAAUUGGAACGAAUUUAAUAGGAAAAUGUUUCCAGUUAUUUUGGGUCACUACCCCGCUGGUGUUGCGGCUAAACAAGUAAAACAUUUCAUACAAAUCAUCAAAUAUGGACGUUUUGCACCUUACAGUUACAGUAGUAACAAAAAUUUAGCACUAUAUAAAGAACACAUACCACCGCGUUAUAAUCUCUCUCUGGUAACAGUUCCUACCUAUGUCUAUUAUUCAAGUAACGAUUUACUUUGCCACCCCAGCGAUGUCGAGGCAAUGUAUAAGGAUCUGGGUAAUCCAAAAGGAAAAUACUUGAUACCAAUGGAGGAGUUCAAUCAUAUGGAUUUCCUGUGGGCAAUGAAUGUGAGGAAAUUGGUUUAUGCACGCAUGUUACGAGUAUUAGGAAAAAUAACUGACCACAAAAAGGGUAAUAGUACCAAUAGUCUUGCAAAUAAGAAUGUCCCACAAAACCGGAGACGGAGAAGGUGAUCAUAGAAAUACUUAGUAGAUAAUUUGAAUGUUAAUUUAUUCUAACUUUUAAGUACUUUAAGUCAUUUGAAAGAUAAAGCUUUUCUAGAAUAUGUCUUUAUUUAUUUUCUCAUAGUUAUAUAAAAAUAGUUAAUUUAUGGUAAACAACCCUUUAGAUGCUUAAGGGAUCGUCUCAGUGUGAAAUUUUCGAGAAAUCGAUUUUUUUUUUUUGUUGCAUUAUCGGAUAGUAAACAUUCUCUCAAAUUUUGAAACGAAAUUCAAAUUAUUACGGUCGCUACACCGUUACUUGUAGAAAGAGAAUAGAGUGGAGAACAUAGCGACUCCGCUUGGAGAUAAUAUUUUUAA